GCGGGGCCGGGCAGCCGCGGGGCGGAGGGGGCUCCGUGCUCUGCCUUCGGAGCCUCGGGCAGGGGGGCCGCGGCUCGGGGCUGGCCGGCAGCGCUGGCGCGGGCGCAGCACAGCAGAAACUGGAGCCGAGGAGCCCUAAAGCGAAGGCAGGUGGCCCUGCUGGCGGAGCCGGGGCCGCCGCCUGCCCCUCGGUGCCUGCGGAGCGGGGCCGCCCGAGGUUCCCCUGGGCGCCCCGGCCCUUUCUCCGGCCGGGGUCGGGCACCGCUCCUCUGCACCGGGUGCGGACCCGUUCCCCGCGGUGCCCGCCGCCCUCAGGGCCGCUCUCCGCGCAGGGUGUCGGUGCCGGGCAGCCCAGCAGCCCUCGGGACGUGCGCUCGGCGCUCCUCGGCUGCGGAAGGGUUAACGCUCCUCAGCAGCAGCGGGGAAGCCGCUCGUAUCCACCUACCCCUCAGCUGCUCUGUCAGUUAAAAAGAAAGUGCAAAGGAAGUGCUUCCCUCUAUUGCUCAUCUUCACCAUACCCUCCCAUUCUAUUUCCUCCUCCUUCUGAUCCCUGAGUGAAGAUGAGUGACCUGCUGUGAAUAUGACAUCUCUCACAAGUGUCAUUGCCUCCCACCAGUCCGAGUGGGUGUCCUUCACUGAUGAGCUGCUCCUCCCUCUUCCCCCACGAGGGAGCACUGAGGCUCCUUCGGUGAAAUGUUUUAAUUCCUCCGACACAUCCUCAAAAGAGAACCACAAUGCAAAUGGAGAAUUUCAAGAUCUUUUCUGCUCAGAGCUGGAGGAGGCAGCUGAGCAGCCCAAGGUGGAUUCUGCUGUGCUUGGUAACCAUGUGUGUCCCAGCACUGAUCUGUCAUCAUCCAUCAGUGCUUGGGUUCAGUUUGAAGACCCACCGUGGACCAGUGCUUCAUCAACCCAACCACAAACAGUGUCUGCAUCAAAAGUACCCAGCUGGACUUCCCCCUCUUCCAACUCUUCUGAGAGGCAAGCCCGUGCCUCAGAGAGCAGCUGGACAACCAACUCAGAGGACACCAGCAGCCCAAGCAUUGCUCCCUCCUACACAGACCUGCAGUCACUGAAUACUGAGGACUUGACCAGUGGUAGAACAUCUGCAGCAGAUUCACCUGACAACUCCUCGUCUCUCCAAGAAGAUGAAGAGAUAGAUAUGGAGGCUGUCAACUGGCAGCUGAACAACACCUCCAUGAAUGGCCAUUCAUCUACCCCAACCACAGUUCGUUUUCCCAGCUGGGUGACUUUUGAUGACAAUGAAGUCAGUUUUGCACCACAGAGCCUUUCUCCCUUGAAAACAGAUACCCCACCAGCAGAAACACAGGCUCCAGAUGUUAACUUUAAUCUCACUACAUCUUUAAAGAAAAGAGAACGUCCUAAAAGCACAUUGGGAGACCUCUCCAAAAUUCAAAAACUAGAUCUCUCCUCUUUAACCAAGUUGCCUUCUGUUGAAACACCACCGUGGAGUGCUACUAAUCCCUUUCUGGAUGAAUCUCUUCGAGAUGUCCAGCCCUCACCGAUCAAUCCAUUCAGCUCAUUCUUUGAGGAGCAAGAGAGGCGUUCCAAAAGCUCUUCUGUCUCCAGUGCUCCAGGCAAAAGCCAAAGAGACUCUCUCAUUAUUCUCCAUCAAGAGGCUGAUACUGUCAGUUUCCAUGAGGCAAACAAGACUGUAACCCACACAGAUGCUGUAGAGCAGCUCAAACAGCUCCACAUUGGAGACCCAGAUGGUGUGAGCUGUCCUACCUUGCCUGAUGAUGACCCCAUGAUGCCAUAUGAUCUGGAUGCAGCUUUAUUUAACCUGGCACCAGCUCAGCCAAAGGAUGGAUGGCCAAUGAUGCUGAGGAUCCCAGAGAAGAAGAACAUUAUGUCAUCCAGGCACUGGGGACCAAUAUAUGUCAAGCUGACUAACAGUGGAUGUAUACAGCUUUUUUAUGAGAAGGGACUAGAGAAGCCUUUUCGGGAGCUCAAACUUGAAAUCAAUCAUGAGAUUUCAGAGCGCAAGCUGCAGAACUACGAUGAGAAUGGAAGGAUACACAGCGUGAGGUUGGAUCGCACGACAUACAAGGAGAAAAAGAAGUAUCAGCCUAAGCCAGCCAUUGCACACACUGCAGAGAGAGAGCAAAUUAUCAAGCUUGGGACUACAGAUUAUGAAGACUUCCUUAGCUUCAUCACUGCUGUGCAAGACACGCUGAUGAACUUGCCAGCUUCAUCAACAGAUCUGAGCACAGUGGGACUGAAUUAUCAAGAAGAAGAAAUCACUGUGGAUGUCAGGGAUGAGUUUCAUGGCAUCUUGGCCAAGGGAGAUAGUGUGAUUCUCCAGCACAGUGUGCUGACUCAUAUCUAUGUCCUCAGCUUCCUUUCUGGCCUGGCAGAAUGCAGACUGGGCCUUAAUGAUAUCCUGAUCAAAGGGAAUGAAAUAGUUGCAAGGCAGGAUAUUAUGCCCACUACUACCACUAAGUGGAUUAAAUUAUACAGCUGCCGCUUCCAUUCAUGUGUGGAUGAGGAUGUGUUUAAUAACUCCCGUAUUAUCCUGUUCAACCCCUUGGAUGCCUGUCGGUUUGAACUGAUGAGAUUCAGGACUGUCUUUGCUGAGAAAACUUUGCCUUUUACUCUGAGGACAGCUGCCAGCAUCAAUGGUGCUGAGGUGGAGGUGCAGAGCUGGCUGAUGAUGUCCACGGGGUUCUCUUCCAACCAUGACCCUUUAACUCAGGUCCCUUGUGAAAACGUGAUGAUCCGCUACCCCGUACCAAGUGAGUGGGUGAAGAACUUCCGCAGGGAGAGUGUCCUGGGGGAGAAAUCUUUGAAAGCCAAGGUGAACAAGGGAGCCACUUUUGGAUCAACCAGUCUGUCUGGUUCUGAGCCAGUAAUGAGAGUAACUUUAGGAACUGCCAAAUACGAGCAUGCCUUUAAUUCCAUCGUAUGGAGGAUAAACCGACUGCCUGACAAAAACUCAGCUUCUGGCCAUCCUCACUGCUUUUUCUGUCACCUAGAGCUUGGCUCUGACCGGGAAGUGCCUUCCAGUUUUGUCCGCUAUGUAGAUGUGGAAUUUGACAUGCCCACCACUUCUGCGUCCAAAGCCACUGUUCGGUCCAUCUCUGUCGAGGACAAGACCGAUGUGAGGAAGUGGGUCAAUUAUUCAGCACACUACAGUUACAAGGUUGAAAUAGAGCAGAAAAAAAGCUUGAAUGAGGAUCUGAAGGGAGAAGGUACUGCAGAUGUCAAUGAAUGUGCUAUACAGUAAAGGAAGAUCAGUCUGCAAGUCCCAAGAGGGGUGGUCAAAUUAACAGACCUGGAAGAAAGGACUUGCAGACGUUGGGUAUUUUUCUUUUUUUAAAAAAAGGGACUACUACUUUUAAAAUAAUGCUCUGAAGAGUAUAAUUUUUUCUCCUUCUGAUGAUCCUUACUUUGAGAAGAAUGUGGUCAGGGUUUGUUUGGAGGGGAUCCACGGACUUUUGCUGCAACAAGUACAGCUGUACAGUCAAGCCUGCCUUUUCUGCCUUUUCACUGUUUAGGUUCUGCACUCAAAUAUGGUCUGGCAACCAUCUCAGCCACACCAGAAAACAGCCUUUAUCUCACAAUCUUGCCCUCCCACAUUAAGUACUUUGAGUCAAUGCCUUUUGGUUUGGCCUUUGACUGAAUUGCUUCCUUCUGAACUGCCAAAUAAAAUUCAGGGAGGGUCAAGUGAAAAAUUAUAUAAAAUCUCCUUUCUGAAAUGGUCCACAGAGUGAAAACCCUGAGCAUCAUUCUGAAGAAUCAACUCACUCUGCAUCUUAAACCAAGAGAAUCAUCUCUGUGUUGAAGUAGAUGAACUACAGACAGGACAGCUGAUCACAGAGCUGUCCCUCUGUGCAGCCCCUCCUGUCUCAUCCCUUGAAUGACAUGUCACUGUGCACGUUUUCACAGGGUUUGCACAAGUUACAAGAAAGCCUCUGCAAUUUCUUAACAUUUUUACUUUGUAGUCUGAGCCAUUCUGGUAUCUUGACUGAACAUGGUCGUGGCUGCUAGUAAUAGGGAAUGUGUGUUACAAUAGUGGAGAUACCAGAGGGACUUUGCUAAGAUUAGAUCAUUCCUGCCUAGAAAGAUAUUUAAGGGAAAAACAUGGGGGUUUAGUUUUGGUUUUGGGGGGUUUUUGUAUGUUUUCUUGGAUGGGUAAAAUGGGUGGUUAUUGAAAAUGUCAGAACACAAUUACUUUAACAGAAAAUGUUGUUUGUUUUCCAGAAAAUCCUUAGAAGUCUGUCCAGCACAAUAUUUUCAUGUUCAGUCUUGAACCUACAAUAUAAGUAACUUGUAUCUUUAUAAUACUCCCAUUAACUGGGCCCCAAAAUCUCUUUCCAAAAAUUAACAAACUUCUAUCAUGGAGAUUUUUAUCCCCACUUAGCUGGAAGUAAUAGCAAGUCUUAAAACCUCUUUCUAAAUAAAAGUGCAGAAGAUAUAAAUCACUCAUUUACACAUAUUUUCAGAGAAAACAGUGUUAAAAGUCCCCAAUUUUAGUUGUUUCUAUGGCUUGUGUAAUAUUUUGUCUCGUAAUGUUAAAUGUAAAGUAAUUUAUUAAAUCAUUUAUCUUUUGAAAGGUUACUACUGACUAUAAAAUACACAUUUGGAAAACUUUGGCAAUGUAAUUUAAAAUCAUAAUGAAUUAAAAUGAAAGCUUUCUUAUAUUUUUUUUCAUUUUACAUUUAAUAUUAAAAAGUUAAUACACUUUUUAUUUAGUACUUUCACUGUGACUCUCAUAAAAAUUACUACAAUGUUAAAAUCACAAAUAAAUAAUGAAAUUAAUUUCAUUGAGUCUGAAACUGGAAGUGGUAGAAUUUAAAAUAAAUUGUAGGGAACUUUUAAAUGCCCUUUUUAUAUGCACCUACAUUUCAAGCCUGCAUCACCCUAGUGACACAUACUUAGACAGGUACACCACUGUAAAUAGGUAGGACUUACUGACAAGCCUGUAAUACCCCACUGCAGGUAGCCCUUUUGGGCCCAGGAUGCUCCUUGGAGCACACCAGUUAAUACUAAGCAUUUGCAACAUCUCUCUGUAAAUGGAAGAAUGCUGUUAACUUUUAUUAAGAAUGUUGAGAUCAAUGGAUUAAAAUUUAUGAUAUUAUUAAUGAUAACUUGUAUAGGUUGUGAAAUAUCUGGGAGCACAGGGGUGAAUUUGUGACUGAUUCUCAGCUCUGGCACAGGCUGGCUGUGAUGAGUUGCAUGGCAGCUCCUCUACAAAAUUCACUCCUGUUCAAAGGCAGUCAAAGAAUUUCUGGGUGGUCUUCCUGCUUUUCACUGCAGCUCCUACUGUACAGUUUCUGAAAUCCCACCAUCAAGAAAGAAAAAGAAAACCCCAAGCUGAAGCAGUGCUGAGAUGUUACUGAGGAAACGUGAGAAUGUUUUGUGAAAGAAAUGGAGAUUUUCUACUCUGACCUGCAGGCUCAGUGUCUGAUUUUUUUUUUGACUAUUGCCCCUCAGCUCAUGGAAACACAAUACGCCUUAAGAGGGGAGAAAAUAAAAGGAAUAUAAUUUUCCAUUUCUGUUGAAUUGUUAAAUUAUUCAGCCUCUAUCAUACUUGUGCCACAGAACAUUCUAUGUUCCAGUAACUGAAAGAUAAACAUACUGGAACUUUAUGGAUUUACUUAAUUUCUAUACCACUAUAUCACUAACUUUUUAUUUUUAAUUCAGAAUCAGCAAAUGAAAAACCUGACUCUCAUCUUUCUUGUGUAGUUGUACACAGAAGUAUUUCUUCCAGUCAUCAUGAAUUUAUGCAGGCAAAACUGGAUAAGUUUUCUGGUUUAUAUGAAAGCUAUUUUAAUCCAUUCUUAUCCCUGUAGAGAUUUUUAGAUGUACCUGCCACUGAAUUAUCAAGAGUUAAGGAUGAAUACCCCAGCCAUAAUUUCAAAAGAUCUUAUUUCCUAAGGACUGGGCUAAGUAGUUUGAUUUUUCAAAAGAGUGCUAAUAACCAAAAUCUUUAAGAAGUCUAUUGUUGGUGUGACCAGGUGUCUCAACUGAAUUAUUUUUUCAGUCCAGCACCACUACAAGCAUUGAUAAUUUGAACACUGGGAUCCUAAGUGCCCUUACUGAGGUCUCCACUGUUUUUUAUUGAUUAAAUACUGCCAAUUUUUCAGUGUUACACACUGUCAUAUAUGUACUUUAUGUACAUAUACUCUUCACCUGUGUGAGUAUAGUAGUAAUUUGAACAGACUGUUGAUUGAAGGAAAAAUAUCUGAGAAGUUUGUGAGUUUGAAAGUAGCAGAAAUUAUUUAGAUACGAGCAGUGCCUGUAGUGAGGAUUUUUUUUUUUUUAAUCAUGCAGAAAAAUCUCUCUGACUAGUUUCAGAUUACUGCUUCUUUUGAGAAAGAUGCAGUCACUGUCCUUUGGUAUAUUUGAAAGCUUUGUAGUACUCAAACACUCCAUGCAGGAAAUGUGCCUUCAAGGUAAGCAUACGUUUACUCCCUAAAGUGAUUCCCACUUUCAGUCCUCUUUCUAUUUCUCCUUAGGAUUUUAAUAUUUGUGGUAAGACUUGAGGUAUUGUAUGGAAUUUUGCCUAGAAACAUGAAGUGUCUUUGAUCACAAGGGAUAAAGAUGAGUAUCUCAAGGCAGCUGAGCUUAUUUUAGUUAAUGUCUCUUACAUUUAUUAACUAUAGACACUCUGCUAGAAAAAGAAAAUGGGUUAAUUCAUCUGAGAAAUACUAAAACUGAUGUUAUUUUUGUUCUUUUAUUUAGAUUUAAAUUUAGUCAUCCUAUGAAGGAGUCAGAUCUAUCACUGCAGAAAUAAUGUUCCUUCUCUGGUGGGUUGCUGGCUGACAGUUACUUGAUAGGAUGUCCAACACCUGUCCACAUUAUUUGGUAGCUGCUAAAACUCCCUCUUGAACAGUCACCUCCCAAGACAGACAGCAAUUGCAUGCAAAAGAGCAUGAAAGCAAGUGGGAAAAGUGUAUGAAGUUCAGCCUGGAGGUGCUUGCCCUUUUGCUUACAUAGAAUUCUCGGUCAUUUCCUUGGCCCUUCGGUGCACUAAUCAAGUCCUUGAUAGGUCACCUUUGUUCCAGAUGGUGAAAAAUUUCUUUCAGUGACUCUUAGCAGCUCGUGUGCAUAGCUGUAUUAAUCUCUAGAACUGAUCACCAUAAGAAUUUACAGCACACAGAGAUCACUUAAUGGAUGAAAUACUUACUCUCUUCUGCCACUAAAGUUAAAUCUACAUCAUGACAUGUCUGCGAUAGAAAAUUCUGUGUGAUAACAUGCACAGCUCUUCCUGAUGUUCCUGUUCUGUUCAGUCAGCCAGCCACCCCUCACACAUUCAGCCAUCCAUCCUCCCAUCCGUCCUACCCUCCUUCCCUCUCUCUUUCAUACUUGCAAUUUAUUCUUUGCACUAUUGACACUGAUUGGUUUAAUUAUUAUUUUGUAACAUGUUCCUACCUUCUUUUUUUGUAAAAUAAGUAAGUCUGUACACUGGCUAACUUCGUAGAAGUGGUUUAUUUUUUUUCUUUAUAUCACUUGAAACAGGAUGUCAUGUUUUUGUUUAAACUACAUGAAAAUUUAAAUAAAUGUUAAGGUGAAACAGCA